AUGGGCUCUCUCUGGGGCAGCGUUGUGCUGCUGUGUGGGGUGCUUCUGCUCAGGACGGAGGGCAGCGGAGCCCAACAAACCAAGAACAACGUCCCCCGGCUAAAACUCUCCUAUAAAGAAAUGCUGGAGUCAAACAACCUUGUGACAUUCGAAGGCCUGGCCAACAGCUCGGCUUACCACACCUUCCUGUUGGACGAGGAGAAGGGGAGACUCGUGGUGGGAGCCAAGGACCACAUCUUCUCUUUUAACCUCCUCAACGUCAGCAGAGACUAUGCACAGAUCCCUUGGCCAGCGUCUCCCACCAGGAGAGAUGAAUGCAAGUGGGCAGGAAAAGAUCUCUCGAGGGAGUGCGCAAAUUUCGUCAAGGUGUUGCAGCCGUUCAACCAGACCCAUCUGUACGUGUGUGGGACGGGAGCCUUCCACCCCGUGUGUUCCUACCUGGAGGUGGGCAAGAAACCAGAGGACAGCGUGUUCAGACUGGAGUCUCACGUGGAAAAUGGCCGUGGGAAGAGUCCUUAUGAUCCCAAGCUGCUCACUGCCUCCAUGCUAAUUGAUGGGGAGCUGUAUGCCGGGACGUCGGCCGACUUCAUGGGCCGGGACUUUGCCAUCUUUCGCACUCUCGGCAAGCACCACCCAAUCAGGACGGAGCAGCAUGACUCCCGGUGGCUAAAUGAUCCCAGGUUUGUUGGGGUUCAUCAGAUUCCGGAGAGCGACAACCCAGAAGAUGACAAAAUCUACCUGUUCUUCAAAGAGAAUGCUAUGGAUGGAGAGCAUGCUGGGAAGGCCACACAUGCUCGCAUCGGACAGCUCUGCAAAAAUGACCUGGGGGGCCACAGGAGUCUGGUGAAUAAGUGGACCACCUUCCUGAAGGCCCGACUGAUUUGCUCUGUUCCUGGCAGUAAUGGAAUAGACACACAUUUUGAUGAGCUACAGGAUGUUUUUCUGAUGAGCACAAAGGAUCCUAAGAGCCCGAUCAUCUAUGCAGUAUUUACUACUUCCAGCAACAUCUUCAAAGGUUCAGCUGUGUGUAUGUACAGCAUGACAGACAUCCGGAGGGUGUUCCUGGGUCCGUACGCCCAUAGAGAUGGACCAAAUUAUCAGUGGGUGCCCUUCCAGGGACGUGUUCCCUACCCACGUCCUGGCACUUGCCCAAGCAAGACAUUUGGAGGAUUCGAUACAACCAAGGACCUUCCUGAUGAGGUUGUGACCUUCGCCAGAAGCCACCCAGCCAUGUUCAACCCUGUCUACCCCAUUAACAAUCGACCGAUCAUAGUCAAAACAGAUGUGGACUACCAGUUCACCCAGAUAGUGGUGGAUAAAGUAGAAGCAGAAGAUGGCCAGUAUGAUGUCAUGUUCAUAGGCACAGACAUGGGGACGAUACUCAAAGUAGUGUCCAUCCCAAGAGGCUCCUGGCAUGACCUGGAGGAAGUCCUUCUGGAAGAGAUGACAGUCUUCAGAGAGCCAACAGCCAUUACAGCGAUGGAGCUCUCAACUAAACAGCAACAACUCUACCUGGGCUCAGACAUCGGUGUAUCCCAGAUGCCUUUGCAUCGCUGCGAGGUUUACGGCAAGGCCUGCGCGGAAUGCUGCCUGGCGAGGGACCCUUACUGUGCAUGGGAUGGCACCGAGUGCUCCAGAUACUUUCCCAUGGCGAAGAGGAGGACGAGGAGACAAGAUAUCAGGAAUGGAGACCCGCUCACACAAUGCUCAGAUCUGCAACACCAUGACGAACUAAGUGGGCAGUCGACUCUCCUGGAUAAAACUGUGUAUGGAGUGGAGAACAGCAGCACUUUCCUUGAGUGCAGCCCUAAAUCCCAGCGAGCCAUGACAUACUGGCAGUAUCAGCGCUCCACUGUGGACCGCAAACAAGAGAUCAAAUCAGAAGAGCGAUUCAUCCGCACAGACCAGGGCCUCCUGAUUCGCACGCUGAACAAAAAGGAUUCUGGGAUCUAUCUGUGCCAGGCAGUGGAGCACGGCUUCAUGCAGACGCUCCUGAAGGUGACCUUAGAGGUCAUCGACACCGAGCGCCUGGAGGACCUGCUGCAUCGCGACGAAGAGCCCGCCGCCGCCAGGCCCCCUGCCCAGGAUCGCUCCCCACCUCAAGAAAGUCCCAAUAACAAGCUGUGGUACAGAGACUUCCUGUCGCUGGUCAAUCACCCGACUCUGAACAGCGUGGACGAGUUCUGCGAGCAGGUUUGGAAAAGGGAGAGGAAGCACAGGAGGCAGAAAGCUCACCUGGUGCAGCAAGUACAAAUACACCACCAACAGCAGCAGCAGCAGCAGCAGCAGCAGCAGCAGAAGGCAGUGGUGAACCCUCACACCCACAUGCAUGCUCAAGGGCUGGCAGCCAAGUGGAAACACCUGCAGGAGAGGCAGAAGGGACGCAACCGCAGGACCCAUGAACUGGAGAGGGCCCCCCGCAGUGUCUGACCCGCAAAACCUUGACUUUUAACACCUAAAUCCUGAAACCAACACCCAGUUCUCGUUCUGUAACCCUGAUUAACUUACCCACUUUUCCUUCCUUCAUACUGAGACUUCCUCCACAAAGAGACUGAAUAGAAAACUGGAAAAAAAAAAAAAAAAAAAAGUAACACUACCCUGAUCGCCGGCUGCUGUGCGCCGUGCGUGGGCAGCCAUGUUUACAGUGAGCCAGCACAGAGGACGGCAGGAAACAGGAUGUUGUAUCACGCCAUGCCAUUGGAGCAUAUUAUCACAGCUGGCCUCUGUGGCCUCGAACACUGCAGAGGGACGGUGUCAACCAGCACAAGAACUGGACGCACAUACCCACCCCAGAGACAUGACUGACUCCACGUUCAGAUGGCUGCGUCGACUGGCAUUGUCUCACGGCAUGCUACUUAGGUGUACUUUAUCAGUGUGAAACUAAAAUAGAUACCUGAUCAUACCUUUUCUACUUCACGGUAACGAAAGAAGAGGACCUGGGAUUGUAUUAAAACCAGCACGGAGAGUAAACAGACUUACAAAGCACAAAAUAACUGAAGCACAAGACGGGAUAUUUGGUCAGUUUUGGUAUUAAGGGUGGUUAAAAAAAAAAACGGUCAAGACCAUAAAGUAAAAACGCCCCAAGCACUGCAAGUAACCGGGAGCGACAGUCACCAUUCGCCAACAAAUCUGCUUAUGUAGCUAAGAUCCGUCUGUAAAUACUGUAUUCUAUGACGUCUCCUCGUACUAAAGGGAAUGGCUCGCAGUUGUCAUGUUGCUUUUCUGUUGUUUCCCCCCCAGAUAGAAAUUUAUUUAAGAAAAAAAAAAAUAAAAACGUCUUUCGGGGAAAGCUGUUGUAAACAGGGAGAUUUUGUACUCGUCUGUGUGUGUCUACGCCCUUGAUAAGCUUCCCAAACAGAGUCAGGUUUUUAUUAUUCUGUUUUGUUUAUCUUUCUUUGCUCCGAGCAUCAGAUUCCUUCCAGUGUCAACAGUCGUUAAAUGGGUUGUCACUUUGCGGGGGAACGUCUGCCAGCUGCAUCAAUCUCGGCCCACGCAGCGCCACGCCACACCACGCCCGGUUCUUCCAUGUUCUUUUUUUUUAUUUGUACACACCUUGUUUCCACUAUAUGUGUAUUUAUUGAUAUACAGCUAUGUACAUUGUGAAGAUAUUGUUAUUAUUUUUCUUGCAGUUCAUCAUUUGGUUGGAUCAAUCUCUCUAAAAAGAAAAAAAAAGACCUGUAUGAUCACAAAAACUGUAUUGAGACUGGAAGUUAUUUAUGGUUUUUGGUCGAUAUCACGUACAUUACAUAUCAGAUUCACUGAGCAAUAACUCAGUAUCCAUACUGUAUAUUUUUUCUUUCACUUUUAUUGCCUCAUAUUAUUCUUCUUCACAGGCAGUGUAGUGUAAAAAAAACCAACAUUUCACUGCAUGUUACAGAGAAAAAGACUCAGUCCUUCAAUAUACAAUGCACACAACACAAACCUGGAAUGUAGCUGUGAACAUUAUGUAAAUACAAAUACUAUGGUCUAUGUUCGACACUGUGUACUAGUGCAUGUGAAUACUAUUGUAGUGUUCCUGUUUUUGCUAUAGCGAUGAUAUACUUAGUCUGGUGUUGUCACCGUUAUUUUGUUGUUUGCUUAAGCGGUACGCAAUAUUAACUAUUUCAAAGAUGUAUAUAGUAUUUCUGUUAGGACUCGAAACUGUAUAAUUGAAAAUUCCUCCAGUAGGUAUUCAUGAAAUAAAAAGAAAAAAGGAAAGAAGAUCUCAACAGGAUCUUACGGCAGAUUUAAUUGUGCACAGACAACGUUGAACAGUGCCGGUUGAGCAAUGCAACACAUCGGUUUGUCAGAUGACCUUAUCUAGUAAGUGUUUGCAAACCUCAUCUGCCCCUUGGAAGCCGUGACGGAGGGAAGAGAUGAGAAACAGCUGGAGCCGGCCAGCUUGAGAAAGUGAUUUCAGGGCCAAUAAGACGGGCUUGAACACCGGCGUCGUGGAACUUUCAGUAGAGAUGGGGGCAUACGAUAAGAUCAUCAUUAUAAAAAAUAAAAUAAAAUAAAACAGAAAAAAGGGGUCUCUCGCUGCGUCUGUCUUGGACACACAAUGAAAGUGAGGAAAUGAAGUGCUGCUGCUGCUGCUGCUGCUUUUUGGCAUGAUGAUGAUGAUGGUGAUGAUGAUGAUGAUGGUGAUGGUGGUGAUGUAUUCUACUGAUCUAAUAAAUGUCUCUUCAUAAAGUGCUGGUUUCAUUAAA